AUGGCCGACGACGACGAGAUCGCUCUUGAGCCAGGCUACGUCUUCCACCCUUCCGACGACGGCCUCAUCACCCUCUUCCUCCGCCCCAGCAUCGCCAAGAUCCCCUUCGAGGACCGCCUCAUCAACCACGCCGACGUCUACUCCGCCAAUCCGGCCGAGCUCGUCGGCGAGCACAGACCGGCGCCGGGCACCCAUGGGAGCAGCAGCGUCUGGUACUUCUUCUGCUCCCCGCGCUUCACCAGCAAGCGCAAGACCUCCGGGAGGCGGCAGCGCGCGGUCGGCGGCGGCGGCGGCGGCGAGAGCGUGUGGAAGUCGGAGGGCGGCAAGAAGGCCGUGAUCGGCGCCGAUGGCCGCCGCGUCGGGUACCUCCAGAAGUUCUCCUAUGGCGUCUACGAGUCGUCGUCGUCGGGGUCGGCGCGCACGUUCACGAGGCUAGGGUGGUGCAUGACGGAGUACGGCCUCGACGACGACGCCAUCGACGGAGCAGACAAGCAGGUGCUCUGCAAGGUCUACCGCUCGCCGCGCGCGGUCUGCGCGGAGGCGCGCACGGCGGCGGCGGCGAAGUCGGCCGAUUCGCCAUGCUCCGGCUCGAAGAGGAAGGCGGACGACGGCGCGGAUCACCCGGAGGCGCCGCCCAGCGCGCGGCCGCGGCAAGAGGAGGCCGGGAGCGAGCAGCCGGCGAUCCUGCCGGAGUUGGACCUGGAUGCGUUGCUGUCGGCGCCGAUGGACGACAGUUUGGGAGUGGAAUUCGACACGGCCACGACGGAGCAGUACAUGAGGUAUCUGAUGAACGACGAGCCAUUGCCGUGGGCUCCGACGAUGGAGGUUGCCGGCGGCGGAGACGAAUUCAUCGAGACGACGAACGGACCUUGCAUGGGCGAAGAGGAGAUCAUCCAGCGGCUGGCUUCCGGAGAAACCCUCGACGACAUUCUUGGCUCGAACCCUAAUUAA